CUGGGAUCUCGGCUUUCUAAAUUACCAUUACCACAAGCAAAGACAACUCUCUCAUUUUCAUGCCAUGUUGAACGCUUUAAAGCGUUUGAGGAUCCGCAUUGCGACGGCCUUCUAUCGAUACGGAAAAAACUCAACAGAGUAUACUGUGAUCAAUAUCCUCGUUUCCAGUUUUAUAGUGCUGUUCUUGACAGUACCAGCUGUGUCAUGGUACUCGAAACAUCGCGCUGCAGAAUACUAUCGACUAGAGCAAUCCGCCAUAAACACAAAUUUUUGGGAUAGCCCUUAUCAUAUAUCAGCUAUGAAGGAUACAAAUUUGCCUUAUGUUGCACCUGUUCUCGGCAUUCAGCAGAUUCAUUUCGUUACUACCGGUGGUCAGAUCACAAAACGACUAUUAAAACAAAUUUUAGAAUUUGAUAACAAACUCAUGGAUACAACAGCUGUAACCCCGCAUGGCAAAAAAGUUUCUAUGGUAGAUAUUUGUUAUCAAAUGCAAGGUCGAUGCGUUGUCCAUUCAGCUCUCGAUAUAUGGAACCACAAUCUUGAUGAGCUCAAGCAAGAUAUCGACAUCACUGGAACAAUUUUAAACCACGUCAAAAAGACAUCUGCACGAUCUGGUCUAUCACUACAUCCAGCAACAUUGUUUGGUAAUGCUACUCUGGAUGUACUUGGUCAGCCUAUAUCUGCAGACUCUGUGCUGGUUACUUUCCUUUUGCGAGAAGGGCCACUUCGACAAAAAUAUCGAGAGGAAUGGAACUCAAUCUGGGACGCCGUUACCGCCGAUCUGGCUAUACCUGUGGUCGAGACUUUCGAUUAUAAACCAUCAACACCUUUUUACAAAAAGUGCGAUAUUGAGAUGGAGCAAUUCCAAUACAAGUACAAUUCUGAGUCGAUUCCUUUGGACUCUGAAAUCUGGAUUCUGCUGAUCACAUACGGUAUCAUAUUUGCGAUCGUCGCCGUGGCGUUUGGCAAUGUACAGCUAGUGAAGUCCAAAUAUGGCUUGGCUUUGGCUGCUGUUUUUGAAACAGUUGCUUGUUUAUCAGCCACUCUAGGCAUAUUUACACUGGCUGGCUUGAGCUUUGCACAUGUACCUCUUUAUAUAAUACCAUUGGUAGUCAUUGUCGCUACCAUUGAAAAUGUUUUCGUCGUCACCAACGCUAUGCUGCACUCAGGGUGCGAUAUGCCCAUCAAGGAAAAGGUUGGACGAGGUCUAGAAGCCUUGGGUUUUGCUAUUACAGCGACCUUAUUAGCUGAGCUCUCCAUUUUGGUUGUUGGCUCCCAUACUGGUCUACAAGCCGUAAAGGAGUUUUGUCAAUUUACAGCUAUUGCACUUGUGAUCGACUACAUACUGCAAUUAACGUUUUUUGUUUCUGUCCUUUCUGUGGAUAUUCGAAGAGUAGAGUUGACCGAUCUUGACGACAGAAAUUUAUCCAAACGGGUUCAUUUGAUAAACGAAUUAGAUGACCUGACAAGCGAUGGGAAAGAUUCGAAUGAAUAUUGCGCCAAGGAAGAAACAUCAGGAGAAAGGCCCAACUGUGCUGCAUGCAAAGGCUUAAAAACUCAUCGCGCCGUCACCGCUUUAGUGAUCUGCUCAUCCAUCCUGCUACUUUCAUUCUUCUCUCCUCAAACGCCAUAUCACGACCAAAGCGGUGUUUCCAUAGAACGAUACGCUCAUAUGGACUCCAUUUCAACCAAUUUUUGGAACGUCAUCAAUCCAACCUACGGUGUUCGAUUUAUCGAAGUUAGAAGUCCGAUAUUAGUGGCUCUCGAUGCAAGCGAAGAGACAUUUGAGCACUUGCAGCGUAUCAAUGACGUUUAUGAAUUCGAAUCUGCCUCUAAACGUGCUCAUGAAAAAGAGCUCAAGAAUCAAUCUAGCAUUCAACGCUUCGGUUUUCAGUUGAUCCGUCGCUUCGUCACCAUCAUUGUCUCCAUCAAUAUCCCGUCCGUUCUAAUUCUUGUUACAUUGAUUGGCAUUGUCUUAUGGAUGCUUCCUCCUUAUCGAGAAGGAUUCCUGGAGCCUAUGUUUCAAACCUUUUUAGCCCGCUAUGGCAAGUACUUAGUGCUGGCUUAUAUAUCCCCAAAGAUACCAUGGGCUCCCUUACAAAGAGCCCUGAAAGCAUCCACAGCUGCUGAAUAUGAUGAGGAUGGCAAUCACCGCGGUGCUAUUUCACUACAACAAAACGUCUCUAACCGAAAAAAGACACCCCUUGGUGAUGUUCGUAUUGUAACGCUUUCUGGACACCAUUCAGGCGAUAUAAAGUCAAUCGAAUGUACCUCAUCACAUGGCACCAUUGUCUCCGUCGGUCUUGAAGGCGAAGUUGUCCUAUGGGAUGGCGUACGAGGAAAAUGGGUUGCCAGACUGGACAGAGUACAACGUAGACGAGACGUUAAAACCUUCAAUGCUGAUGUUAACCCGGACUACGCCUUUGGCAACACAAGCACUGGUACUCGCUUUAGCCCUGGGUCUGUUCGCAAAGUUGUUAUACCAUCACCGAUCCAGUGCAUCAAAAUCGACCAUUCUAAUCAGUGGAUUGCAAGUGGACACGAAAAUGGCGUUAUUCGCAUGUGGAAUAUAUCAUCCAGCGCUUGGGUCCGAGAAUUUGUACCAUCUAACAGCACAAAGUCGAACGGCCACGCUCCUAUCCAGUUUGGAAAUGAAGAGAAUCAUCAAGAAAGUAAUGACAAUGUCAAAGUUAAAUCUUUACCACGUCACAAUGGUGUAGCUGCUCUCACUUUCAUAAUGGCAUUCAGCCCUUCGGAGUCCUCCGCAUGGGAUAGUCCUAAAGUCACAAGAAAGCAUCUCGCCGGCAAAAGUCAAACUCCCAUAUCGACACCAACGUACUUAAUUGCGGCUUAUGAAGAUGGAUAUGUUAGGGAAUGGGAUCUUGAGAGCGGAGAAUGUGUCAAUGCCGUACAAAACGAUGCUAAGAGUGGCAUCACUCAACUUCUUGUCACCGAUGUCAAACCUCGAUCAAUCCAUGAACGACAAAGGAUCUUUGCUGUUUCAAAGGAUGGCAACGUAACAUGCUAUGGAAGACGCAGCAACGACGUGGACGAUAUCGUUGCCAAGCCUGAUUGGAGACAUCUAUAUACGAUCAAUGAACAGAACAAGGAAACGGUGACAUCCAUCUCAGCAGAAACCUCUGUCGAUGGCACUGGCAUUGUUGUUACUGGCACAGAAAAGGGAUCCGUCCAGGUCUGGAACAUUGCAAAUGGACGUCAACUCUGUACAUUAGCGGAAGGGCAAAGAUCUUCACGCGGCGACGGCAAAUUUGGUGUCUCGGUUCGAAUGCCUAGACGACAGAAUAGUGAUGUGCCCUACCUGCGGUCAUCACCUUCCAAUGAACACAACGAAAGCACAUUCUCGAGCCAUCAAAGCAAUCAUCAAAGUGCGAUACAACAGAUUGCUAUUUCGAGACAUUGCCGAUCUGAUCAAUUCAUGUCCAAAGGUGGUAAAAUCGAUCGGUGCCACCGCAAUGAAUAUUUGAUCGCGUCAUGCGCAACGGAUGGUAUUGUCAACAUUUGGAGGAUCGAUUAUUCCAAAGGAGCGGCAGGCGAUCGAUGUGAUCAGUGUGGGAUAGGAGGAGGCAACUCACCCGCCUAUAACCACAAGAAGUCAUCCUCCUCUGUUUAUAAUUUUUCUGAGUUCAGCGAUAUAUCUCAGCCACAACCUCAGCCCAAUGAACUCAAUCGAGAGCCGAUUAUCAGCAUUUCAGAACCGUCGUUAACAUCGGGCAAUAGCUCUACCACCACCAAUGAACAAGAGAAUGGCUUUGACGCAUCUGAUGACCAUACACCGGUGAAAAUGGUCGACAUUGAACAAUUGGCCAUGCGUUUUGAUGAAAUGCGCGUGAGCAAACGAUACCUCGGUCGAGUGUGCCAACCUGGUGGCCAUGGAGUGACAUGGCUCAAAAGCACGAUAUUGGCGGGUGUACGACGAACUGGUAGCAGUGAUCACCAUGGCAGCAAAUCUACAUUAGGUUGGGAAAUGUGGAUGGCUCCUAUGCGCAAGUACGAACCUCAUCGACGACAACGGCAGAACGAUUCAUUUGGCAGCUCAUCGUCGUUCUAUGAUACUGGUAGCAAAUUCGAUGUUCCGGUUGUUACUGUCAAUCUGAACAACGACGCUGAAGAGCAUGCUGGAAAUGAACCAGAAAAUCUCGGCUUCGUGAGUCGAUUAUUGUACACCCUUUUCUUUAACAAUGAAAAUAGCCGUCCUACCCGUCGUCGACAUGCAUCUGCGUUCAAAGCACGAAGAAAGAGUGCCAUCAAUGCUGCUCGACUUCAAAGAGUACGGCGUAAGCGUCGAGAUUCUUCUAUGGCAUCAUCCAAGACUGAGCCUGACGCCAUACAGGAGGAAGAAAUGCACGCCAGGGAGCUGUUACCGUUCAGUAAUAUUACCUGCCUCAAAUCCCUGGAUGGUGAUGGUCUAGCGUUUGAUUUUGGAAACUUUGUCAAGGUGGUUUGGUUGGAUGAACAACCUCUCAUGUUCACUAUGAAUGAUAUAGAGCCCACUUUUGAGAAUGAAUCUUCCCCACAUCAGAGCCUUCGAUCUCGCCACAUCAAUACCUCUAACAUUUUGGAGACCAAGGACCAUUUUAGCAACCUUGAAGAUCGUGAACCUCCUUACCUCCGUCGCCGGUCGUCAUCCUUCAGUGAACUUUCUUCAAGAACAAGAUUACCUUGCGGUUUACAAGCGGAUGCUCAAUGUCGAACAGCCUCUUGUGAUACUGAUUGCUCCUACAAGCUCAACUCACAUUUCCCAAGCGUUGUCAACACCAUUGUCUCCAAGAAAUAUAACUAGAGGUGGUUGGCAUUUUAGUUUUCAUGUACAUUUUGUUCCUUAGCACCGAGCCAGGCGCUUUCUGCUACGUACUUCUUUCAAACAACUCGACCAUAGUUAACAGUGUAGGAUAUUUCUUUUUUUCCACAAAUUUUUAUUCACAGCAACCAUCACCUUCCAAUUUUACCGUCCUCUAGCCAACAAAUCUUCCAAACAUCCAUUCCAUGAGCAGUUUUUCACAAUUAUAUCUUGACAUAUGCCUGGUUUUCCCCUUUGUAAAGUAAAAAAAAUAAUAGUUUGCAUAAAUGCCGUUCAAUCUAGUAGUGGUAGUGACGACUAUGGUGUCAUGUUAUGGCAUCGCAUCGCACGUUCGAUUGGCCCUGCUUAUAAUGUGACGACGCUGAUACCUUAGUG